CAACUGUCGCCGGUCCUGGUAUAAAGUACUAACCCUCACGGACCAACGCCACGCCCGACCAGCCCCCAGCCCAUCCAAUCGCAUUCCCUGGACUUCAUCCUCUGCGGUGUGCGGUCCACAAGCACACAUAGACCCGGCGCGCGUCUGCAGCUGCAGGUGAUCCCUCUUGGAUUCAUCCCGGUAUCUACUGUGCCACUAUAUCCCAUCGACGACGGUCUGUCCCUCAACUUCCCACCAUGUCGGCAGCACCGAGUGCUUCGAAGCCGAAGCCCCUGCCGUUCUACGCGCAAUUCACAGCCGGAGCGAUCGCAGGCGUGACCGAGCUGCUAUGUCUUUAUCCGCUCGACGUCGUCAAGACGCGUAUGCAGCUGCAGACCAAGGCGCCCGUCCCCGGGCAAGACCACUAUGCAAACAUGAUGGAUGCCUUCCGAAAGAUCAUCAAGUCAGAAGGACCCAGUCGACUCUACAGAGGUCUCGUGCCGCCUCUGAUGCUCGAGGCACCUAAACGAGCCGUCAAGUUUGCUGCGAAUGGCAGCUGGGGCGCUUUCUACCGCAAGCAGUUCGGCGUCAACGAGAUGACACAGUCUCUCUCGGUGCUCACUGGCUGCUCCGCCGGUGCGACCGAAUCUGUUGUCGUCGUCCCCUUUGAGCUAGUCAAGAUCCGCUUACAAGAUCGUGCGCAGGCGCAUCUUUACAAGGGGCCCAUGGAUGUCGUUGGAAAAAUCAUCAAGGCGGACGGGUUGCUUGGUCUCUAUGCGGGUAUGGAGUCUACGUUCUGGCGCCAUGUACUUUGGAAUGGAGGCUACUUUGGCUGCAUCUUCCAAGUCAAGGCACUUCUCUCCAAGCCGAAUGGCAAGGCCGAAGAGCUACGCAACAACUUCAUCAGCGGCUCCAUCGGCGGCUUUGUCGGCACCGCGCUCAACACGCCCGCAGACGUCGUCAAGUCGCGCAUCCAAAACACGCCCAAGGUCGCAGGGCAGGUGCCCAAGUACAACUGGACUUUCCCGAGCAUAGCGCUCAUUGCGCGCGAAGAGGGCUUCGGCGCGCUCUACAAGGGCUUCACGCCCAAGGUGCUCAGGCUCGCACCUGGUGGAGGUGUUUUGCUACUUGUGGUCGAAGUCGUGCUCUCGCAAUUCAGGACGUUCCUUGGGCCGCAAUACCAGUAGACACGCGGCCUCACGUCGCGCCGCGUCCAGUUAUUACACGGACUGAUCUGCGCCUUCCCUUCUUCGUCAUCCGGGAGUAUAUGCGCACGUAAUGCCGCAAAAGCUUGUAGAUCGAGCCAUCACUUGUUCCCUGCCCUGCCUUGCCCAAUACACGCCUUUGUUCGUUGCAACGCAAUUGUAAAAGCGAACACUCGCAUAUGCAGUCAGAGACGCAG